AUNAUUGGAAACUUUAGCACAUAUUUUAAAAAAUAAUGCCCAGGGUUGGUUUGACGAAUGCUUGCAGCAUUCAUUAAUGAAAGAGUUGCUCAGUUCUGGGCUAGUACCAUUAUUACGUUGGUCAUUAGAUGAUAACUCAGAAUCUCUGCUUGCUGCUGCUAUUCAUGCAAUUCGUAAUUUAAUUUAUAAUGAUUAUGAUGAGAUUUGUUUAGACUUAACUUUUGCUUGGAAAGGUGGUCACAUAAAUCCAUUUUUAAUACCCAUGAAGCAAGAAAAUUUAACAGAAAAUAAAUUAGAAGAAAUGGCUGAUAUUGAAAUUCUUAAAUUUGAUGUUAUUAAAGGAUUACUUCGUAUGGAUCUACUUCCUAGAUUACGAUAUAUUUUGGAAAUUUGUCAUCCACCAGCCUCUGUUAUUGGGCAUAUUUUUGAUAUUUUAAUUCAUAUUGGACGUCAUUCAUUAGAGUCAUCUGUAAGAAUUUUUGAAUGCCCAAGACUGCUAAAUUUAAUAACGACAGAAUUUUUACCAACAAAUUGGAAAUUUGCAGAAAUUGUUCAAGGUCAACAAUGUAAUGUUUAUGGAUUUCCUUCAAGAUCUGCUGUUAAAUUAAUAAGAAUUUUGUCAUUAUCUGGAUAUAAUAUUGCUUCCCGUUUGAUUGCAGAUUUUGGAAUUAUUAAUUCAUUGUGCUGUUAUAUAACAAUGGAUCCUAGUGAUGAUAAACUUUCUCAGUCAGAGGCAUUUGCACUUGUUAAUGAAGCAAUGAGAACACUUAAAGUAUUAUUAACUUAUAAUUUAGCAGUUCAAGAAUAUAUUGAUAUUUUCCCAGUUUUUAUUCAGAAACUUCAUUAUUGCCAUUCACUGGAUGUCACUGUUCAAAAAAAUUUUAAUGAUUUUGAGUUUGCUUCUAUAUUGUUUCUGAUAUUUGAAAUAACUGUGAAUAUUAUUAGUGAAAGAAAUUUAAAUGAGUAUUAUCCUCUUAAUUGGAAUUCUGUCACAGAAUUAUAUAAAUUUACUGAAACAUAUUGUAAGAAAUGGUUAUGGCAAUUAACAUCUGGUGAAGAAUGUUCAAAUAUGUUGGCUUCAGUUAUGAUUGGAAGCAGUUUAAAUUUUAUCUCAAAUUACUACAGACAAAUUAUAAAAUCUACUUUAAAUGCUGUAGAUAUUUUACAAACGAUUGAAAUCUUUGUUGAGCAACAUAUUGUCCCAUUUAUCAAAUCUAGAAAUUUUAAAAAAUGUGUUAAAGAUUUAAGCAAAUAUUCAAUUAUUCUCUGUGAUAAAAGCUCAGGAAGUAAGAGAGAUGAAUUAGAAUUACCAUCAUUAGGUGGAGUAAUGUGGGGAGCUGAAAUAGUGCCACUUUUAAAAGAAGGGACACCAUUUCCAUUAUUAAUUUCAGUAGUUAAUGUACUAUAUGUGAUAAGGAGUGUUUAUCCAGAUUGUUUAAAAAAACUUCUAAGUGGUACAAGUUUUAAUAAAUGA